AAGCAACGGCGUCUCCGUCUAAUUCUAACAGGCACCAUCGAAGGCAUGAACUACGAGAAGAUUCGCGUGUCGGAACCCAAGUCAGGUGUGAACUUCCUAGCUCACGGUUGGUCCCGAAGUCGAACCGCUUAUCUCCUUUGUGCCGCCGGCAGUGGUGGCGGUGGCGGUGGUGGUGGUAUCUGCGUCUACGAGAUCGUUCGAGAGGCUUCACGUCACCGGCGCCUUCUUGUGCUCACUCCGCCCUCCUCGACUGCCAAUUCGCAUAUCCAAGCGCUCUGUCUUGUGAGAGACGGCGACGCUCUGGCUGUUGGCUUUGAGAGUACCUUCUUCAUCUUUAAUAUAUGGGCGCAUGGAACUAUGAAUGAUCUACAAAUAGGCCAGGAUGGUGAUGUGGGUUUGCAAAUAAGUCGGGUAUGA